CUAGGGUUUGAGUUUCUCGGGGAUGGAGUUCUUAGAGCAUGGAAUCCAGCAGCUAGCCGAUUAAGGUGAAAUCUAGGGGGAUUUUGCUAUGGAAGAGAAGCCUGAUUUUGGAUGGAGAUGAAGACGCUUCUCCCGCUGCGCUCUUCGGGCAGCUCCUAUGAGUGGGCCGUGGGUGUCCAGCGCGUGCUAGCGGAUCUCUCCCGGGGACCGGCGGCUAGCCGUGUCAAAUCCGGGGAGAAUCUCUUCGAUUGCAUUCUCGAAAUGCGGCACGAGACGGGAAUGCAAGACUAUGCCAUGCCCGAGAACGCAAGUCGUGGCUUGGAUUUGUUCUUUGGAAAGCUUCUUCCUCAAAAUUUGGCCCGCGAGUUCUUUCAUACAACUUUGCCUUCCAUGGCCAAGCUUGCGCUCGAUCUUCCCAAUCUUUUGGAUGAGCAUGUAAACAAGGGGCAGCUCUACGGGUUUGGAGUGGAGCAUCGCUUGAGAGUUCUUUCGUCGCAAGAGCCAGGGAUUGUCAUGCUCAGUCAGGAGUUCAUCGCGUGUCUCUUGACGUGUUCAUUUCUUUGCCUCUAUCCUUCUCAAGAUAGAGACAAGUAUAAUCUUCCUGGGAUCAACUUGAACAAGUUUUAUGCGUGCAUAUACGAGAAAAACCACGAUCGAGCAAGCCAACAACACAAAAUGUUGUGCCUACUGCACUACUUUGAACGAGUGUGCCAAGGGAUGCCACAUGGAAUGGUUUCUUACGAGCGUAAGGUCCUGCUUCCUUGGCAAACUAGCGACAUUCUUCGUUUCUGGAGCACAUCCAGGGUACCUUUGUGUAAAUUUCAGGUGUCUGCGACUGGCGACAUUAGCAAUCACAUUGGUGGCGAAGCCUUGGAGGUUGAUUUUGCAAACAAGUAUCUUGGCGGUGGCGCUCUUAGAGCUGGCUGUGUACAGGAAGAGAUUCGUUUCAUGACCAAUCCCGAGUUGAUUGCGGGAAUGCUGUUCUUGCCUAUGAUGGAAGACAACGAGUCCAUAGAGAUAUUUGGAGCUGAAUGCUACUCCAAAUACGAAGGUUAUGGAAAAAGCUUCACUUUUGUUGGCGACCAUCAAGACGAAAGGCCACGAGAUCAAUGGGGCCGACGAAUGACGCGGAUUGUAGCUAUAGAUGCACUCGCAAGGCCGGGUGCUCAGCAAUACAAAUCUGUACUGAUCCUACGCGAGGUGAACAAAGCCUUCUGUGGGUUUCUGGACCGACAUGGAGGUGAAGAUGUUGGCGUAGCAACUGGAAACUGGGGAUGCGGUGCCUUUGGUGGUGAUCUGGAGCUCAAGAGUUUAAUUCAAUGGUUGGCUGCUUCGCAGGCUGGGAGAGCAUACGUGAAGUAUUACACUUUUGCUGAUCCACGCGCUCAGCGGCUGGAAGAGAUUGUGGAAUGGAUGUCACGAGAAUCCUGGACAGUGGGAGAUCUGUGGAACAUCCUGCUCGACUAUGGAAGCAAAAGAGAAGCUGGUGUAAUCGACUGUGGCUUGUUCGAGUGGCUUCGACCGGUCACUGGACUGAGAGCUCUAUUCUCACAGUUGACGAGCAUCUUUAGCAGGCGAAGCUCGGUCUAGAGGACCAACAAUCACCCUCUUGCUCGGCCACUCGACAACCUUCUCAAAGUACUCGCACGGGACACACCCCUCGAAUCCUUCGGUGAGAACCACAUUGUUGUCCGAGACGUAGAACUUCAUCCCGUCCGCCAUAGCCUUUUCAGUGUCGAGGUAAAUCAGAACUUGGCAAGAGCUUCUCAUUCCGCUGAUGACUCCAUUCUCGUCAGGCAGGCCCGUGGCGAAGUGGACGUGGUUUCGUCCCAUGACUUUGAGACCACUCUCCAAGAUGCUGGGAAGAGCGUGCUUGUAAGUUCCGUGGAUACAAACUGGAAUCUUGUCCGUGGACGAGAUCUCUCGCAGGAGGUGGUCGGAAAGAACCUCUUUGAUCGAGUGCCCCUGGUUUGCGCGGAUGUAGAGCGUCCCAUCCUCCCGGGUCGUCGAGAAGCGCUGCUUGUUAUCCUGCUUCACGGCCUGGAGAACUUCCUCCACGGAGUGAGAGCUGAGUGGUAUCCCAGCUCUAGUUUUCAUUCCAAUCUUUAAGAGCUCGUCCACCUUGCAGUA